ACCGUGAGCCAGCGAGCUGCUGGGAUCCCUUCCCCAUGCAGGGCCGGAGGGGCGAUGGGAUCGCCAUCGGGGUCGGAAAGGCACAGCCGUAUCCUUCGGAUGGCUGAUCCAGACACUUCCGCCCCUCACUCUAACUGACCGCAGUGAGAGGGUAGCAGACGCCCUCCUUGCGGAGCGGUUACAUUUUCCCCCGUACGCUGUGGGGGAAACUGAGGGUCCACAAAGCAAGCCAGGCCGGUGGGAGCACCCACUCCAGCACUGAUAAGAGAACACACCUCUACAGGCAAAACCCGUGGAUCUCACGUGCUCUAGCAUCCCAGUAUACCACUACACCUCUGUUUAUUGAGGAAGAGGCCGUAGGACAAGAUGAAGCUCAUCAUCCUGGACCAUUAUUCUCAGGCCAGCGAGUGGGCAGCCAAGUACAUCAGGAAUCGCAUCAUCCAGUUUAACCCAGGGCCAGACCAGUACUUCACCCUGGGACUUCCCACUGGGAGCACCCCAAUUGGCUGCUACAAGAAGCUGAUUGAGUAUUAUAAGAAUGGAGACCUGUCCUUCAAAUAUGUGAAGACUUUCAACAUGGAUGAGUAUGUGGGCCUUCCUCGAGACCACCCGGAGAGUUACCAUUCCUUCAUGUGGAACAACUUCUUCAAGCACAUUGACAUCUGCCCAGAAAACACCCACAUCCUGGACGGGAACGCACCUGACCUGCAGGCCGAGUGUGAUGCCUUUGAAGAGAAGAUCAAAGCCGCGGGAGGGAUCGAGCUGUUCGUUGGAGGCAUUGGCCCCGAUGGACACAUCGCCUUCAAUGAGCCGGGCUCCAGUCUGGUGUCCAGGACCCGUGUGAAGACUCUGGCCAUGGACACCAUCCUGGCCAAUGCUAGGUUCUUCGAUGGUGACCUCACCAAGGUGCCCACCAUGGCCCUGACGGUGGGUGUGGGCACUCUCAUGGAUGCUAGAGAGGUGAUGAUCCUCAUCACAGGUGCUCACAAGGCAUUUGCUCUGUACAAGGCCAUCGAGGAGGGGGUGAGCCACAUGUGGACCGUAUCUGCCUUCCAGCAGCAUCCCCGCACGGUGUUUGUGUGUGAUGAGGAUGCCACCCUAGAGCUGAAAGUGAAAACUGUCAAGUAUUUCAAAGGUUUAAUGCUUGUUCAUAACAAGUUGGUGGACCCCUUGUACAGCAUCAAAGAGAAAGAAACAGAGAACAACCAGUCUCCUGAGAAACCGUAUGGUGAUUAGCCUGCGCUCACCCUAGCAUCAAGGACGUCCUCAGGACAGGCGAGGCAUUUCUGGUGAUUGCUUUAGGAGGACACAGUUGUAUUUCUCUCACCCAGUAUGGUUACCCCAGACCAACGGGCAUACAAAUUGUUCUUGGCUCUGCAGCAUGGAGCCUAGUCGUCAGAGUUUAGGGACAGGGAGAAUGACUUGUUUUCUAACUUAAUCAGAAAAAAAAGUCUCUGAAAAAUGUACUCCAUAAUUUUUGAUGUCUGCCCUACAGAAAUUAGGGUUUUUAGCUUUGGUUCUCCCUCUGGCACUGUUCUCACAUACAGCACACUCCCAACAGGAAUUUCUAUCAUUUGUAUACUGAUUCUCAAUUUGGGGGGGUGGUGGGAAAGGGACCUGUGUAUACGGGCCAGACCUCUCUGGAGAGGCUCUGAAAGCCCCUCUUGAGCAGGUCUGCUAUUUGAGGAUCACUACUCCAGAUGAAGGAACAAAUUCUCAACCUUAUGUUCAGUUCCAAGUGCCGUGGCAAGAAAGAAAAGGAUUUUUCUUUCCCUUCUUGUUUUUCUCUGCUCUCACAGUUGGCCUUUCCGUGAACUCGGAGGAUUCCUUGGGGGAGAAUCUGGGUGGCCCGGGCUAAAGAGAAGGCUUUUGCUGAUAAACUCAGAGCCUCAAGGGGCAUGGCCACGUCACACUCCCUUCCCUCGGGGACCCUCCAGCACGGAAGGAAGGCAGAAACCCUCUUCCCAGCAGAGCCCAUGUUUCUGUUCCAAGGUCUCCCUGGGCACCAUGUCAGUGUGCCCAGCUAAGGAGAUGGGGGCCAGGGCAAGCAGCUCGCUUCGGCCUAAGUUUAGUCACAACACAAGUGACAUGUUCUCCUGCUUCCCUGAGAGCUGAGUGCCAAGACAACAUACCAAAUGCUUCUAAAGGCGCCUAAUAAUAGCCUUUCCUCACUUAAAAUACCUUGCCCUUUCAGCCCUCUCAGGUUCCUGUAGCGUGUUCUCGUGUUCCCAGAACACCAGGAAGCACAACAGUUUUGCCCCUUUAUCCUUCACCCCGUGUUCACAAAAUGAGUUCAUUGCUCUGCCUUUCGACUCUCUUAAGCCUUCGUGGAGUGGAUGCUGCCUUCCCCUCCCUAUCUCUGUGCCUGUUUGAAGCUGCUGCUUCCUCUAUUUCUGGGAAAGAUCUUUCAGAGACCGGCUCAGGCCUCUCCUUGAGUGCUGUGUUUGGUACCUGGUGUUCUGUCUUUAGCUUUUAUACGUGAUCGUGCUGUCAUUCUGUCUUAGGCUAGUGGAUCGAUGGGCUUAUUUACAAUGUGAUAUUUUCUAUUAAAUCUGAUAUUUUCAAA